AAUAAUUGCAUUAUUUCUGCUUUAUACCUUCUUUCUCAUUCUCUUCAGAAAAUCCAUGUUUGGAGCUCUCUUUGUAUCUUUGUAGUACAUUUGCGCGAUUCGUAUUUCUUCGCACUGAUUCAUUGAAGGGAAGGGAAGAGAAGAGAGGAGAAGAAAAUCAGUAAAGCAUUUUUUUCCUCAUUCUCGUGGACCCAAUUUUAUCAUCGACAGAAUUUGAUUUUAGUGACUCGUUAACCUCGAACUCACGCAUUCUUCUUUUUAGCUUAUCCUACUCCACCAGAACUUUUCUGUAGCUUUAUCUUUAUUCUAUUUCUCUUCACUGAAUCCACUGAUUCUCUGCAGGAAACAACUCAAAUUAGGGCUUUUUAAUAGACUGCCCAAUUUUCUGCUUCUGUAAUACCAGAGCAAAAUGCACAACUAUGGUUUUUCAAUUUUCUUAUGCUUUGUGGCCGCAUUAUUAUUGAUGAACUGCUCUGUAUUCGCCAAUGGCGAGUGGGUGACAUGCUCGGGAAUGGUACCGAUGAGGGACCGGGAUGAUAAGAUAUCAAUAACGGAUUUUGGAGGGGUAGGUGAUGGGAAGACAAGUAAUACGAAAGCAUUCAUAAAAGCUAUUUACAGGAUUGAGCAUUUGAACAGGGAAGGUGGCACACUUCUUUAUGUACCUUCUGGGGAGUAUUUAACUGAUCCCUUUAAUCUCACCAGCCAUAUGACUCUUUACUUGGCCAAAGGUGCAGUUAUCAAGGCUACACAGGAUACUAGGAAUUGGCCGUUGGUAGCUCCGUUGCCUUCUUAUGGAAGAGGAAGAGAACUACCCGGUGGAAGAUACAUGAGCUUUAUCCAUGGUGAUGGGAUUCAAGAUGUGGUUAUCACUGGUGAAAAUGGGACGAUUGAUGGCCAAGGUGAUGUCUGGUGGAACAUGUGGAGGCAAAGAACUCUUCAUUUCACUAGACCUAAUCUUAUUGAAAUUAUGAACUCCACAAGUAUAAUAAUUUCCAAUGUAACUUUCAAGAACUCGCCCUUUUGGAACAUUCACCCCGUGUAUUGCAGCAAUGUUGUCAUUCAAAAUGUCACCAUAUUGGCUCCUGCUGACUCUCCCAACACUGAUGGAAUUGAUCCAGACUCAAGCUCCCAUGUCUGUAUUGAGGACUCGUAUAUAUCAACGGGAGACGACCUCGUAGCAGUGAAGAGUGGGUGGGAUGAGUAUGGAAUUGCUUAUGGUCGCCCUAGUCAAGGCAUCACCAUUAGACGGGUAACUGGAUCAUCGCCAUUUUCUGGAAUUGCAGUGGGAAGCGAAACCUCUGGCGGAGUCGAGGAUAUUUUGGUCGAGCACAUAAACUUAUUCAAUACUGGGUUUGGCAUCCAUUUGAAGACAAAUAUUGGUAGGGGAGGGAUUAUAAAAAACAUUACAAUCUCGAAUGUUUAUAUGGAGAAUGUACGGAAGGGAAUAAAGAUUUCGGGCGAUGUUGGGGGCCACCCAGAUGAAAAAUAUGAUCCAAAUGCUAUGCCAGUUCUCAAGGACGUCACAAUUAAGGGUGUUUGGGGUGAAAGGGUUCAGCAGCCUGGUUUGAUUCGAGGUCUGAAGAAUGCACCAUUUACUGGGAUUUGUCUAUAUAACAUCAAACUUCAUGGUGCCACAAAAACAAGGAAUUUACCUUGGCAAUGCUCGGAUGUAAGUGGGGCUGCGGUCGAGGUUAGUCCAUCACCAUGUUCCGAACUUACCAGCAGGCAGCAAAAUGGUACGUGCUCAUCUUCCUUUUGAGAAUCUUGUAAUCCUUUCUUUGUCCCAAUUCGUAGGCCUGUAAGAAGGAAAUUUAAGAAUUCUCCAAUUUCGUGCACACUUUCUGCUUGCCCUUGGAAUAUGAAGCUUUUCUAGUAUAACAAAGGAGAAAAUUGGACAAAAAGUUGCAAGGAUAUGCAUAUCAUAUUUUA